CCGAAUGCUGAUGAUGAAUAUUGUUUGCUGUGGCAACCAUGGCGGACGGAGACACUGACAGUGGCCACACUGACUUUCAAAGCGAAGAACCGCAGCACCUUGAUCAACUUAAUCACCACCAACUUCAGCACCUCCUGGACGAACUCUGUCAUUACAAUGCUGCUCUCAUGGCUGAGACAGAGAUGUUUGAUAAGUACCUUAAGAGUCUGGAUCCCAAGGAUUUGGUACCCCAACCUGCUGUGGAGGGAACACAUGCUUCACAGGAUUUUGUGCAGACCCGGUCAAGGCGCAAGUCAAAAUCCAGAAGUGUAAGCAUAGAACGCCUACAGCAAUUAACAGUGGAAGAAAAGUGUGAUAUUGCCCAGCGGGAGUUAGAAGACAUAAAAGAGGAAACUGAGAAACUGAAAGAAAAUUCCCAGAGAGUACUGAACAACUAUAAGGCAACUCUGGAAGAAGCGGAGAUUCAUUCAACUGAGUUGAAAAAAUCACUGUAUGAAUUUGACCGUGAUAUUGUCAAAGAUUUUUCUGAGAAGCAUGGCGGGGUGGCUGCAGCAGACAAGGUUUAUCGUUAUAUGGAAGACAAGAUUCGUGCCAGGGACUCACUGGCUGAGAAGCUUCGUUUGAAGAAUGCUGCUCUGAAAGUUCACAACAAAAAACUAAAGCUGCAACUAAAGCAGAAAGAAGAGAUGGGAGAAGUGCUCCAUGAGGUGGAUUUUCAGCAGCUGAAGAUCGAAAACAAACAAUUCCUGGAGAAGAUUGAUGAGAGGAACCAGGACCUUUUAAGACUCAAACUGAUGGCUGCAAACACGCUUCAAAUCUUGAAUACCUAUAAGAGGAAGCUACAGAACAUGACAGAUGAGUCAGCACGGCUGAAUAAGGAGUUUGCUUCAAGGCAGGACAUGCUACAGAGGAUCAACAAAGAGAAUAAACUGGUAGAAGAGGAACGAGACAAGGCAGAACAUAUAAACAAGCAGCUGCGAACAGAGAUGUCUGAUUACAGAGUACCCAGUGUGAUGGAAUAUGUCAAUAGUAAGGCAGAUCAUACAGAUUUUCAGAAGAAUGUUAAGGCUUGGGAAAGGAAAGUGGAGAUUGCAGAGAUGUCUCUGAAGAAUCAUCGCAAAGCCUGGAAUCAAAUAAAAAUGAGCAGUGCUUAAAGGCACGGUAUCACAGUGGCAUUUAACAGUUAAUGAGGGAAAAUAAACAAAGGAAGCUGCUCUACAGAAUCCAUGGAUGGCUUUGUAAUACAUAGCCCAUCAGUGAUGACUGAAGAAUGUUUUAAGCUGUCUUUAUGAUUCUUGUUGAAUGAAAUAAAAUCUGAAAUAUCUGA